ACUUCGACCUUGAGUAGGUCAUGAUUUCAAACUUGCUUUUGCACAUACUUUUUGAGUGCUAAUUUUAGGGGAUUGUGAACUAAUGAAAUGCCGUCGGAUGCCUUAUUCAGUGCAAUUUCUCGACGUGAUCCAUCUAAACGACAAAUUAAACCUGUGAAUACUGAUCACUUAGCGCUUCUAGAUGACCUAGAUGAUGAUAGUGACAGCGAGUAUGUUUGUGAAGAGAGAGACGAAGAUGAUGAAGUGGAAAGCGAUUCGGUUGGUACUGAUGAAGAAGACUCCAAUUCAAUCGAUUCUUCGGUGGAUUCGCUAUCCACUCAUGAUUCUGAAACUCAUGUUAUAAGCCAACAUUCGCUAUUAAGGUAUGAAAGUGACUCACCCAAGACUACGAAAGGUACAGAUGAGAAAUAUCUGUCGGAGUCUGCAUGUACUGGUAAAUUAUCUGACUUCGUGCAUGAUUUUCACUCAUGUACUUAGGGCCUGUGAGUGAACAUAAUCUCUUGAAAACCGCUGACAUAAAAUUAAAGGACGUUGAUAUCAUGAUUUGCAUGCUUUGCCUGGGAGAUAGUGUUGAUCCUAAUGAUGAGUUGAUCGAGUGUGAUGGAUGCGGCAUUGUUGUUCAUGAGGAUUGCUACAAGGUUGUUGACUCGAUAUUUUUGUCGAGUGGCGCAAGUUCUUCAAGUACAGAUGCUUGGUUCUGUGAGCCAUGUCUUGCAGGUUUGACAUCCCCGAUUUGUGAGUUAUGUCCAGUGCUAGAUGGUGUAUUCAAGCGGACGGACAAUAACCGUUGGGUUCAUUUACUUUGUGCGUUGUACACACCAGGUGUGGCGUUCAACGAUCCGGACAAUCUAAUGGAUGUAACACUUACUGAACUACCACAAAGACAGUGGUCUUUGCACGAAUGUUCUCUGUGUGAAGACCGGUUUUUUGCUUGGACUGGUGUGUGUAUAUCUUGUGAUGCUGGCUUGUGUCGCACUUACUUUCAUGUAACUUGCGCUCAGAAGCAUGGAUUGCUGUCGGAACCAACCAUUGAAGAAAGUUCAGCUGACCCAUUUUUUGCACAUUGUCGUCAGCAUACUGACAAAACAGUCGCCCGACAUCGUCGCCGUAAUUUCUUGACUGCAGUGCUUAGGUUAAGAAAGUGGCGAUCAAAUAAGCAGUUCACCCUAGACUGUUUGGAGGAAAAAAAACUAUCACAUGUCUCUGUUUUGAGUAAAGCGUCGCCAGUGGACCCUCGUAUUCAGCGAAAACUGGAACAUUACCGCGAAUUGUACAAAGACCUUUUGAAACAUCGUGGUAAACCUUACGUACCUCUUGUGAAAACACCCUUAUUUCUGGAAACUUCCCCUGUGGCUAUGAGAAUGUUUGUAUCCAAGGCUAGAGCUCUUAAUUUACCAAUUGAGUUGCCGAACCACAUGUCUAAUGUGGAUUCAACGAAAGGCCCAACACCUAGCUACCCGGUUUUCACACCCGACUUUGUAUCCUAUUUUUUAGAGCGUGAAAGAAAAAUUACGGAGGUUUCAAAGCGCAUUUCCACUUUACAAAAUACGCAGAGAGAACUACAGAUAUCAGAUGCUAGUGCUUCACACAGUUACAAUUCGGUUACAACGGAGCUGGAAAAUAUAAUCACUCGGCGUGGAAAGCUGUAUGUGAAAUUUUCUAACAUAAUAAACACUCUACGUAGUCUCAUUCCGGAAUUAAAGUGCUCAUCUGAAUUAGAAGUUGUGUUAUCGGAUUCUAAGGAUUCCAUGGAGACUGCUGCCUUUGACCUUACUUCUUCUAAACUUCUAGACUCCAGUAAGACUGUCAAAUUCGGAUCUUCUGCAGUUAUCUCAGCUUCAAAGCGUAAAUGCCGUCCUUUAUCACCACCCUCUAAGAUACGAAAAUUCUCAAAAUCAGAUGCAGGUAAUCAAAACAACAAUGCAUCGAAAGAUGCAACUGCUUCUCACCUUGAUAAAUGUCAAAGCAGUGUUACAUUUGAACCAGAAAACGUAAUAUUAGAGUGCACAGUAUGUCAUGGACUUCAGGAUCAACACUUGAUCACAAGCUGUGAUACAUGUGGGAAAGCUUUUCAUUUGGCUUGUCUUGAUCCUCCAUUAAUACGUAUGCCGAAGCGCAGUAAACUUUAUGGCUGGCAGUGUUCGUUUUGCACUAAAGAAGUAUCUUUAGUCCCAGGAGUUGACAAAAUCGAUUUGAAUGCCCCGCGUCAACUCCGUCGCUCCAGUGGUAUAGCACCUGGCAGAACGACUUGCGUCAAACAAGAUGUGAAGGCAAAUAAUUCAAAUACCUCGGCUGACUGCAAACCAAAUAUUGACUCAACCUGUCAAAUCUCUGAAAAUAUACCAACGAAAUCUGAUGAGAAUAAGUCAUGCGAUACAGGUAAAUCUUCUACCCCACAAACACUCCAUAGAAGUCGAUCGUCUACUGGUUCAAGGUUUUCUCGCCUGUCUAAUUUUACUACUUCAUUUGGUGAAAACAUGCGACGGAAAUCCACUGGCGCAUUGAAGACGAUGUCAAGCUCAUCCUCAAGGCGUUUAUCCUCAGUUGCGACUCGGAAAACACGAAGACGCGUAAGUAUCAGCAGUAAAAAUUUCAAAAUAUUUACCAAUAUUCGGUUCUUUCGGCAGGAUUUUUAAGAAAUAUGUUUUCAAUGUAAUAAAUAAGAUUUUCUUGACUGUCUGCUUGCGUUGCUACAAUUAUAAUCUUCGUUACAUAUCGGUGAACGGAUCGUAGAAAGUUGUAGAUCACAAUUUUCUAGUGCUCUUUAUUUCAUGUGAAAUAAUUAAGAUGAAAUACGUUUCUUGCUACUCAUUUCAACAUAGAUUUUUAGUUCUGUACAUUUUCUGAGCAGUAUUUGUUAAAUGAAACAUUCAUUGCAAAACGGUCACUUGAGGUUGAUAUUUUUUAUCAUUUACCCAGAUAAGUAUGUUAAAGCUAAUCUGUGGGACCUCAAACUGAAAAAGUAAAGGAGCGAAAUUUAGUUUAAUGAUAACUGAUAUUCAUAGGGUGUUUUUGCUUGACAUGAACAUCUCAGUCAACAAAUCGAAUGUAAAAAUUUGAAAUACUAGAAAGUCCUGACAGGUUAAAAUUGUUGAAGAGGUUCAGUUACAUGAUUAUUGUAGAGCUGUGACUCAUUGGUUUAGGCAGUUGACUUUCAACCAGACGCGCAUCAUAAAAUUUGUGUGUAUCGCUAAGACAUUCGUGCAAUUAUUCGUGCUUAAUAUAAUAUAUAACUAGCUAUCAAAAUCACUAAAAUAUAACUUGAAACAUCUGUCUAAAAAAAUAAUCAGUGCGAAUACGUAAUCAUUCGAAGAAGAACUUCAGUUGAUCAUGGUAUAAAAAUAUCUUCCUUAGUGGUAAGUACUUAGAUCGAUACUCAGGACACUUAAAACAUGCCCAGAUACUAGCUAAUUACUCUUGCAUUUUUGAAGGUUGCCUCUCAGUCAACUCUCCAACAAGACUUAGAAGUCAACAUCGAUUCAAAGAUGACUACCAGCCCUUCAGUUGUAAUGACCCAAGUCUGCAGUGCUGAUUUUGAUCAGGUAAAUAUUUCUUUUUAAUGUUAUUGCUUGUAUUACACCGUCGUUGAUUGGACCGAAUUGUUCAGUCUCUGUUGGCAUAUGGGCUCCUAUGUGGAUGCCUCGAUAUGGCCUGUCUUUUAACUAUGUUUAGUAAUGAUGGAUAGUGGCUAGCAGUGGAAUCCAGGAUGCUCAUUUCGUCCUGCCCAUCAUUACUAAAUAUUUCUUUGUUUAAAAAGCAUAAAUAUCGUUCAUUAUCCUGUUUUCUAUGGUUUCUGAUCAUUAAAAUACACUAACCAGGCAUCAGAAUUCUUCACUGAUGCUUCAAACUCAUAUCGGGAUCUGUCUGUGUGUAGGACGAAUCAUAAAUCACACUGUUGUCGCAUAAUACCAAGAUUUCGAAUCAAAGAGGCUCAGUUAAACUAUGCGCUAUGCAUACUACUUUCAUAUACGUGUACUCAGCUUCUAUUUUUCCAUUUUGUCCACACACACACAUACACCUUUACUAUUUAGAGAAAAGGGGUGACGGAUUAGUCAAAUGUGUAGGUAACAGUAAUCAUUUUAUUCAAAGUAAAUGGAGUAUUUUUUUUGAUGUAAUGACUUGCAAAUCUCCGUCGUUGAUUGGAUCGACUUGGUCUGUCACUAGCUGCAUAUCCCAACCGAUAGCUGCUACCUUGACGUGGUGGUCGAGCCUGCAUAUCACAAUGGCCCAACGAGCUAUGCUGGUGAAACGCUUGUUCCCUCGAGGUCCUACCAUACCAGAAAGGUCUGUUGGAUAGUGGUUAGACGAAAGCAUUUACCAUUGUGGUGUAAAUUACUACACCAUGAUGAAGGUAUGGGGGCGAAGUCGUACUGCUGCUAGCUGGAUGGGGUGUGACAACAGUAAGGUGUUUCCCUUGGAUAACCGGCAGUGUCACUGAUGCUCCUUUCUCAGUGGAAGGGGGGGGGGUUAGAAAAGGUCGGCCCCGAAAAUAACACACUCCACCAUGCCCACUGGAUCCUAGUUGAUAGUCGCCUCUGCGCUGUCCGGCUGAACGGCACGGUGAGAACUAAAAGGAAUAGUGAGACUCGCCUUUGUCUCUUUGUAAUUUUUGCUUACGCACCCACUAACUGCAGUUCGGAUGAAGUGAAGGACGAGAUCUAUUGAAAACUGUCUGGCCUCCUUUCGGGAACCAAACGUUCAGAUGUGGUGGUUAUUGCAGGUGACUUCAACGCACAGGUGGGUAGACUGAGUGAGGCAGAAAGGAACUUGGGUGGCACUUUCGGAGUCCCGGCUGAACGGACAGAUAACGGUGAUCGCCUAUUACAACUGUGCUCAUCAUCAUCAUCAUUAUCAACAUAGGACCAGGCAUUAUUGCGUAACGGUCCGAGUUGCCACACCUCAUAUCAUAACAUCAACUAGAAACGCAGUGAAGUGGGAGACGAAGAAAAGAAAAUCCAGUCAAAAGAAAUAUAAAGUAAUACAGGGAAGAAAGAGAGAAUGAGAAAAUGGUG